AUGAUAUUUGAGUUUGUGAUCAACAUACCCGAGAAUGACCCAUACACUCAGUUAAAGGAAGCGUUGACCACCCGCACCGCUGUGUCUUGUGAACGCCGAUUAGAUGAGUUGUUUGGGGAUGUUGAAAUCGGCGACCGCACCCCGUCCCAGUUGUUGCGACACAUGCGGCAACUCUUCGGCACCCGCGUACUUGAUGACGCCACCCUCCGCCAGCUUUGGUUGAAGCGUCUUCCUCCACGCAUCCGGGAAGUGUUAUCCGUACUCUACAACAGUUCGUGGAAUGAAGCUGCAAUGGCCGCAGAUAAAAUGUUCAAAGCAAACCCAGCUUCGCAACACAUUACCGCUUGCUCACACCCAACCCCAACCGCUCCUGGCCGCGAUGAUAUUAUUUGGCAAAUGGGAAACCUUGAACUGCAGAUGCAGCAAUUGGUUACGGUGUUGCUGGUGUUUGGAUUGCGCUGGGUGUGA